AGGCUAAAACUCCACCCACAAGAAAAGGAAGACGCUUCCCCCUCCUCCCCAACGGCUACCUCUUCAAAUUUCUUCCUUUUUCUCUCUUCACCUCAAGCUCCUGGCACCAGCUUGGCUGCGGAAAAAGAAGAAAAACCAUCGGAAAGAAUCUAAAGGAAAGAUUGAAAGGAAAAGGAGGAAGGAAAAAUGGCGUACACCUACACGCCCACCUACUACUCUUCCUUCCAAGACACCAUCACCUCUCUGUGCAAAUCCCUCCUCCCCUUCUCCCUCAAGAAUCGGCGCCUCCCACCAGACCAGAAGCUCGCCAAGCAUCACUCCGACAACCUCAAAUGGCAGCAGGAGUCCUUCCACCGGAUCCUCAACCUCAUUGGCCUCCACAAGGAAGGGAUCGUGCCCGAGAGCGACGUCACGGCCUUCCGAUCCCAUCUCCUCGAUACCCUUAUCGCCUCCCCGGCCCAUCCGGAGCCAGUUAGCGUGAUCAGAGACAAGCUUCUUUUCUUGCAGGAAUUAUUCUAUGCCAAAUGCAUUUCAGCUGAGGAGUACCAUUCUUCAAAGAGGCCUCUGCUGCAGAGGCUCGCGGUGCAGGGGGCGGAGAUCGAUUGCAGAGAUGUGAUCGUUGGGGCCCCCGCAGUGAGCUCUGAAGAGUGGUCAGUUAUAGAGCUCAGGGACAGAGAGCCCACCACGACAACCGAGAAGAGCAAGCAUAAAACCCCAAUGAAAUCUUUUAUCAGCAAUGUAGCCACUCCAUACAAAUCAUGGAGAGGGAAGGGGAAGGAGAACUCGAGGAAUCCGAAUAUAAACGCGAUGGAUCCAUCAAAGGUUUCCAUGGAAAAUCCAUUCUGGGAGAAGAAUAAAAACGGCAAUAACUGUUCAAUCCUUAUGCCCGAGAGCUCGCCGCCGGCGCCGGUCAAGUCUGAGCCGGCGAAGAGGAAGCCGUUCCAUGCUCUAUUUCAGAGACAGCAACGAGAUGAGAAUGAGAACAAGGAGGCCUCCACCCCCAAGCCUGAAGAGAAACUGCCAAAAUCUUCGAAGAAACAAUGGGGUUUCGAUGGAUUUAAGAAAUGGAAGAGAAGUGAUUCUGAAGACGAGUCCGCAACUCCUUACCUGCCUCCAGGAGAGAGGUCUGACGACGCUUCGCCAAUUCCUCGCGCGCUCGUGGCCAGCCCGAUCGGAGAAGGCCCUGAUACGAAAAGGAUGAAGAAAGCGAUGCACUCUGAUUUUUUGGUCGACAAGGUCUUGGGGGAGAAUAUAAAGAAGGAGCUCUCUCGAAUCCAAUCGGAAUUAUGUGCAAAGAAUCCAAACCAUGAUUUCUCGAAUGAACAAAUGGAGGCAAUAUCGACAAGGCUUCCUGGGGACAAGGCAGAUCUGAACAAUUUCUUCCCAAAGUCGUGGUGCGAUCAGUAUGGGGACGUUGUGCUCGAUGUCGUGAGGAAGGAGUUUAAGGAUCAUGUCAGUGAGAUGAAAACCCUGAGAAGUGCUGAAAGAGAGAAGAAUGGCAGUGAAGAGAAAUGGGUAGCUUUUGAAGAUAAUGAUGAGAACUUGCACAUCGACCUCUUCUCCGAGGAUCAAGUGCUGUUGAAUCGCAAGGUGAAGGAUAAAACUAAUGGCUGUUUUGCAAGCAAUCCCUUUCUUGAUGAUCAGAAUCCUUUCUGGUCUCCAAGGGGUAACUGAUAAGAAGAUUUCAUUCGAGUGUUGUUGGAUCUGUAUCAGGAGUUUUGUAUGUAAUAAUGAGUUGGCUCGGUUUAACUCUGGUCGGAGGAAAUUCAAGUGUUGUUGUUGGAUCUGUUGGUGGUUGUGUGAAUGUGAGGGUCUAUUUUGCAUUCUUUCCUUGGUGAAUUUAAAAAGCUCUCUAUGAAGGAAGGAGCUGCUUUUGGUAUUUUUGCCCUCAGCUGUUUGUCUGGUGCUUAAUGAACAUGGGUUAAUUCCCCUAAUUCUGGUGCUGUUUA